CUCAUCCAACCAUGAGACCGCAUGCCGAGCACCAAUGGAGCCUUUCGGCUUAAGGCUUGCCCCACCUGCAAAAGGGUCCUUAUCGAUUGUUGACCCCACGGCAAGUCUGGUCGAACUAACGAAACAAACUACUGCGAAGUAGACCGCCGACUAUUGUGAUACAAACUCACAUUCAACCCUCGUUCUCUUCUGCAAGGAAGCUAACUGAUAGCACCACUGCAUUCCAUCAUGCAAUGGCAACCACCUUCGGCCCCACGUGGCCCAUCAAAGCCCGAAUUGCAGCCGAUCCUCAGGCCUGAUCGGGUCACACAGGAGGAUGGACUUGCUCAUAUAAAGGCGACGACCUGGUCACCAGAAAGACCACGUCGUCCCUGGGUGCGCACGACUCUCAUCACGGUGCUGCUGUCCAUCAUGAGCAUCAUUUCGUUGCUCGCGUUCUUCUCUCUGGGUCUGGGUAUCAACGGCCUUCCCCAUGCCCGUUUGUCAAGCCCUUCAUACGGCAAGCCGGUAAAUCCUAUUAAAGACACUCCUAUUAAGAACGUGGUGGUACUGGUCGAGGAGAACCUGAGUUUUGACGUGUUUGCCGGCGGCUUGACAUACAACUCUAACAUCGAUGGGCUGGUCAACCGCGAGUACUGCAACCCGUCAAAUGCUUCAGAUCCAUUCUCAGAGAAGGUUUGCGCCAAACCGAUCGCGAAGAAUGUGGCUCCCGAUGAUCCGGACCACAGCAUUACUGGUGGUAACCAGCAGGUGUAUAGCACCUACCACCCCAGCGCGAAGAAUGACAUGCCUGGCAUGCAGGGCUUCGUAACAGAGCAGAUUGUCUCUUACGGACUCGGCUCUGAUUUGAGUCGCGCUGCAGAGGUCAUUAACUACUACACGCCGGAACACGUGCCGGUUUUCAAUGCUAUGGCCGAGAACUUUGUGCUCUUUGACCGCUGGUUCGCAUCGGUUCCUGGACCGACCAACCCCAACCGUGCGUACCUCACCUCUGGCACCUCGCACGGUCACGGUCAAAAUGACCACGACUUCGACGUCUCCAACUUGCCUCAGGUGUCUAUCUUCGAACAGCUCUCGGCCGCCGGCAUUAGUUGGAUCAACUACUCCAACACCACUGGUUUCCUUCCGGAUUCUCUGUUCUACCAGUGGACCGCCAAUAGCGGCAAGGGCACCACCAACGUGAAGCCUAUUGACCAGUUCUUCAAUGAUGCUAAAGCCGGUACGUUACCUCGGUUUACCUGGAUCAACCCAGAAUGCUGCUCGUAUAUGUCUUUCCACCCGCCCUCUCCAAUCAACAUGGGCGAGGGCUUCAUUAAGAGCAUCUACGAGGCGUUGCGCUCUUCCCCGCAGUGGAAUGAGACGCUGUUCAUCCUGACAUUUGACGAGCACGGUGGUUUUGCCGACCAUGUGUCUCCUCCUGAGAACGUGCCGGCUGGCGAUAACCUGACGUACACCGAAACGGCCAAGGACGGCCAAGAGGCUACCUUCCAUUUCGAUCGUUUGGGUAUCCGAGUGCCUACCGUUCUGAUGUCUCCAUGGGUGGGCAAAGGCGUGGUUCAGAAUAGCCCGACUGACCAGCCUAACGAAUUCACCCACACCUCUAUCCUCAAGUAUGUGGCUGAGCUCUGGAACCUGGACAUCCUCACUCCUCGCGUCGACUGGUCUCCCAGCUUCCGAGGUCUGAUCACCAAUAAUUUCCGUGAGACGCCGGAGAAGCUACCUGAGCCGGCUGAUUUUUAAGGAUGAAUUUGUACAGUCUAGACCCGAUGUCUAGAAAAACAUAUGACCAUGAUGACGAUAUAAUUAUGACAAUAACCGUUUCAAUUAAAUGAGCCCAGGCAACAACGAAGAAUUUGCCUUUAUGAAAAUUCUCUAUUCCCUUCUAAGGAAUAAUUACAUCAGUAGGUCUUGUAAGGUUGGCUCAGCCUCCACUACUUUGAGGUCCAGUCAAGGCGAGCCGGGUAUAUA